AUGGGAGAUGGCAGUUCCACCAGAUCCAACAGCUCAAGCAGCGGCAGCGAGAAGCCAGAGUGGCUGCAACAGUACAACCUCGUCGGAAAAAUUGGCGAAGGGACUUAUGGACUCGUUUUCUUGGCAAGAACCAAGACUAUACCUAAGAGACCAAUCGCCAUCAAGAAGUUCAAGCAGUCGAAAGACGGAGACGGAGUUUCCCCAACAGCGAUCCGCGAGAUCAUGCUGCUCAGAGAGAUCUCCCACGAGAACGUCGUCAAGCUUGUGAACGUCCACAUCAACUUCGCAGACAUGUCUCUCUACCUCGCCUUCGACUACUCCGAGUACGAUCUCUACGAGAUCAUCAGACACCACAGAGACAAAGUGGGACAUUCGUUAAACCAGUACACUGUCAAGUCCUUGCUCUGGCAGCUUCUCAACGGAUUAAACUAUCUCCAUAGUAACUGGAUCAUACACAGAGACUUGAAACCUUCAAACAUCUUGGUUAUGGGUGAGGGAGAAGAAAACGGAAUAGUGAAGAUAGCUGAUUUCGGGCUUGCACGGAUAUACCAAGCUCCUCUGAAGCCUCUAUCUGAUAACGGAGUUGUGGUCACGAUAUGGUACCGUGCACCGGAGCUGCUUCUCGGGUCUAAGCACUACACGAGCGCCGUCGAUAUGUGGGCGGUCGGAUGUAUAUUCGCUGAGCUACUGACUCUCAAACCAUUGUUCCAAGGAGCAGAAGCGAAGUCGUCACAAAACCCUUUCCAGCUGGAUCAGCUCGACAAGAUUUUCAAGAUCUUAGGCCAUCCGACGAUGGAUAAAUGGCCGGCGCUCGCGAACCUUCCUCACUGGCAAUCCGAUCUCCAACACAUUCAAGCUCAUAAAUACGACAGUGUUGGUCUCCACAACGUGGUUCACCUGCCCUUCAAAAGCCCCGCUUACGAUCUCUUAUCCAAGAUGCUCGAGUACGAUCCUCUCAAACGGAUCACUGCUUCUCAGGCGCUAGAGCACGACCCCGCUUACGAUCUCUUAUCCAAGAUGCUCGAGUACGAUCCUCUCAAACGGAUCACUGCUUCUCAGGCGCUAGAGCACGAGUACUUCAGGAUGGAUCCUAUCCCGGGAAGGAACGCGUUUGUAGCGACUCAGCCGAUGGAGAAGAACGUGAGUUACCCGACACGUCCUGUCGAUACUAACACUGAUUUCGAAGGCACGACGAGCAUCAACCCUCCUCAAGCGGUUGCAGCGGGGAAUGUUGGAGGGAACAUGGGAGGAGCUCAUGGAAUGGGGAGUAGAUCGAUGCCGAGACCAAUGGUUGCUCAUAACAUGCAGAGGAUGCAGCCUCAAGGCAUGAUGGCUUAUAAUUUCCCUGCACAGGCGGGAAUGAAUCCGAGUGUUCCGGUGCAACAGCAGCGAGGGAUGGCUCAGCCGCAUCAGCAGCAACAGCUGAGAAGGAAAGAUCCUGGAAUGGGUAUGUCCGGUUAUGCACCUCCUAACAAGACCAGACGUCUUUGA